GAAGUUUUUAAUUGAAAAGAAAAAAACCCUAGGCAACUUAGGUUCCCCCAUUGUAGACUAGUGUUUGUCUCGUCUUCCUUGCAACUACUACUAUUCUCGUUUGUGGUUAAAGAGUAAAGUUAACACCAGGGUCUUAAAAGGUGUCUGGUGAAUGGAAAAAACUUUAUGAUCAGUUUUCUACCACUUGGUGCACUGACAGUAGAAACGAAGGGAGGAUUAGUCUACAGGUGCUGCUGUGGGGAUACUUGCUGUGCUACUAACUUUCAAUUUUCUUCCUCCUGAGAUGAUGGAUGAUAAAGUUGUACCGGAGCUUACUGUGGAUGAUAAAAUUGUGACGGAGCUAACUAUCCCGGAAGAUGUUGCCAAAGCAUUAUUAGUUGUGACAAACUCAUCUUCUUUAGAAAAGGCACUGGAGAAGCUGAUAGAACUUGCCAAAGAGGCGGGUGGACGCUUAGAUCUGUCGUCCAAAAAUGUUGUCACCACUGUCCUCCAGCUCUGCCAGUCUCUGUCAUCUAUCUCUUACCGUCACCUCCUUUUGUUGUCUCUUAAGGUACUUAGAAAUCUGUGUGCUGGGGAGAUAAGAAAUCAGAAUGAGUUUCUUCAACAAAGAGGAGUUGUAAUUGUUGUGGAUGUUAUUAUGUCUAUAGGACUUACUCCUGAUCCUGACCAUGCGAUUAUUCAAAUUGGACUGCAACUUCUAGGGAACUACUCAGUGGAUGGGGCAGAACGCCAAUGUGAUGUGUGGUACCAAUUGUUUCCUCAUAAGUUCUUGAAGAUUGCUAGAGUAAGGAGCAGGGAAAUAUGUGAUCCUUUAUGCAUGGUCAUUUACACUUGCUGUGAUGGUACUGAUGAACUGUUGAUGGAUUUAUGUUCUGAGCAAGGGUUGCCCAUUCUGAUAGAAAUUCUGCGUACUGCAUCAGCCGUUGGUCUUAAAGAAGAGUGGUUAAAGUUGCUUCUCGCAAAAAUUUGGAUUGAGGCUUCCUACUUUUCAUCAAUUUUCUCCAAAUUACAUUCAUAUCCUUCCGUUGAGAACAAUGGUGGUGUUACAUCUGUAGCUAAUCAAUUUGUUAUUGAGCAGCCUUAUCUGUUGAGUAUACUUUCAGAAAUCUUGAAUGAGCGAGUAGAGCAUAUUGUUGUUUCUCAUGAUUUUGCUUCAAGUAUCUUUGGGAUAUUGAAGAGUGCUGCUGUGGUCGUUGACUUUUCAACAAGAGGGAAAAGUGGUCUUCCGGUAGGGUCUGCUCCUAUUGAUGUUCUAGGAUACUCCCUCACCAUCUUGAGAGAUAUUUGCGCAAGUGAUCACACGACAAGCUCUAAGGAAGAAAGUUCUAAGGAUGUCGUGGACUUACUUGUUUCCUCUGGGCUUAUUGAGUUUCUUUUGGACUUGCUUCGAGAUCUUGAACCUCCAACGACAAUUAGGAAAGCAAUGAAGCAGGAUCAGAUUAAGGAGGGGACAGUAUCUUCUUCAUUUAGGUGUUGUCCGUACCAAGGUUUCAGGGGAGAUAUCGUUGCCAUCCUUGGAAAUUGUGCUUAUAGGAGAAGGCACGUUCAAGAUGAAAUUAGAGAUAAAAAUGGGAUCCUUUUACUGCUACAACAGUGUGUUAUAGAUGAAGAUAAUCCUUUCUUAAGGGAGUGGGGAAUCUGGUGUGUGCGGAACCUAUUGGAAGGGAAUGCAGAAAACCAAGGGGUUGUUGCUGAUUUGGAGCUUCAAGGAACUGUAGAUGUUCCAGAACUUGUUGGACUGGGGCUUCGAGUAGAAGUUGAUCCUGCAACUCGACGUACAAAGCUUGUGAAUGUCCCAUGAUAUGUUAGGAGAUGAAAGUAAAAGUUGCCGCUUCUGAAGUUGAUAAAGACAACUGAUUAUUCAGGAGACUUGUUUCUGGUUUCACUUAAGAUUGAUUGACAUGUUCUGGGAUGUCCAUAAAAGCUAAUUUUCUGGAACUUCCAUUACACAUGAGAAGGGGAGCCUUGGAGUAACUGGUAAAUUUGCUGCCAUGUGACCGGGAGGUCAUAGGUUCAAGCCUUGGAAACAGCCUCUGACAGAAAUGCAAGGAAAGACUGUGUACAAUACACCCUUGUGGUGCGGCGCUUUCCUGGACCCUGCGCUGCUCUGCGCAUAGCGGGAGCUUUAGUGCAUCGGGCUGCCCUUUUUUUUCCACAACACAUGAGCUCAAUGGUGGACCUAGUUGAGAUUUCAUGAUUGCUGUAGAAUUUUAGUGUUAGAAAGAGGUAGAUUUGAUGAAAGAUAUCAUGGGUUGCUAAAAAGUUCUGAUAGAAGUUCUAUUUUUAGUUAUUUGUUUAUUGAAGUGCCUAUAUUCUGCUUCUUUAUGGGUACGUCCACUUCUGGCACUGUAUAAUUGUAAAAUAUUGUUGUAUGACCAGUUAACCUGCAUUUCUGCCAUGUUUCCUAAUUUUUGCACAUGCAUAUUCCGUGCAAGAGGCAAAUUCAUCCUGUCAUUUCUGGUAGGAAUCAUUAGCAACUUUCAUGUUCAGAGAAGUGCAUUGACUUACUAAUACUGGAUUUUCAUAUUUAUUUGUGCU